UGAGGCUGUUCGAAUCCCUCAGUGCCAGAGCCAGUCGUAAGCGCACCUAAAACCCAAACAAACGUAGACAGCCCGAUUUUCGAAGAAGUUUGCAGAUAUAGAAAGAAGUCGCGUUCUUUGUGUUAACGGACUCCCUGCGUAUGCGAAUCCCUCUCUACUUGAGACCACCUUGCUACUGAGAAGAUCCAGUCCGUUCCUGCGAGCAGUUGGCAAGACCGGUGAAACUUUCACUGAAGCAGCGAGUCUUGGAGAUCAUAAUUAAAGAAGGAGCAACCCACUUUGCAAACGUUGGAUACAUGCUGUUUUCUAGCAUCUGCUUUUGCUUAAUUGAUAAAGAAGCUGACCAAGCCGCUGACCACAGACUCUGUUUUUGGACUAGUUUAGUUGUCGAUAAAUGACACCCGUCAAGGCCUUUUGACAUUGUACGUCUAUGAAAUCAGGUAGAAAUCUUCCAUGUCCACCAGUCAGAAAACUGCAGCUAGUUAAAUGGGCAUCUUUCAAAUGUGAUUAUAUGAAUUACAAAGAUCAAACUGGCAUUAUGACGUAUCACUCAGCAGCAUCUCUAAUUCACUAGCCUGAACUGAAAAUUUCAGCGAUGUAACUUUGAGCUUUACCUAUUUCCUUGUCAUGUGACUUUGCGUUGCUAAAUCUUUUCUUUAAACUCUGACGGUCUUUUCACCAUUUUGAUGAGGUGAACGGUGGCUUUAAGUGACCUCCAUUGCCAAUAAAAGACUGUCUCUGAAUACAUUUUUCUUUAUUGCAUGCCUAAGUAGAUUUGAAAAUGAUUCGGUGAAGGGCUAAUCGACUCUGUAGCGUACUGGCACACAGUGUGGCAGGGCAUUGCCUGUCUCUCUUCCUCUGUUGGGUGUCAAAAGUGAGGACUGCUUCGCAACUGUUGUCCAUGAUUGAAGGGACACGGUUUCCACUCUUUCCUUACGCUAAAAAGAAGACUGAAUAGCUUUUCACCGCCUCGGGGGACAAAUCACUUUUCUCAUCGAAUCAUUUUGCCAAUCACUUUUACACCCAAUCAAGUUUGAGUGUUUUUUGUUCAUGACAAUAGGGGCAGGCGCUUCCAAAACAUUAAAGAUAUAAUUUUGCAACUAAAAACAAAAGUUCCGGGGACAUAACACAACAGGUUUCAAUCAAAGAGUGCAGAAGGAAGUGAUUCAUUUCACAUUCAAAAUAGAAAACCCGUUCCCGAUAGACUUCCUUUCCGGUACACCACUCGAUUAGUUUUCUGGAUCAGCGUUUCCGGAUCAUUCCAACAGCCACUUUUGACUGUUUCAUCCUGGACGAAGGGAUCUACGUCUGGAGAAAGGGACUGCACUGUCCUGGUCGAGGUGGAGUGGGGGUUUUGUUUGCACCGCUUCCCAUCUGUCAGUGCACGCCGUCUGUGAUCAGCGCCAACCGGCCUUAAGGAACCGAGGCCAGCGAGACAGAGAGAGGAGGCAGAGGACUUCAGAGCAACAGACUCUGGGAUCCUGGCCAUGAGGUUUGAUGCCUCCAUCCACUGACCGGAAACACUGGACCUAAAUGGCGCAGCAUGACUUUGUCCCUGCCUGGCUUAACUUCUCCACGCCCCAGCCUGCCAAGUCCCCUGCUGCCAACCUCGACAAGCAAGGUGAGCCUCACCACCACAGAGACGCCAGACCUGCUGUGAGCCGCCGCCGCCACAACUCCUCAGAUGGUUUCUUCAACAAUGGCUCCCUGCGUGCUCCAGCAGGCGAUGGAUGGCAGCAGCCCUCGCUGCUACUGAGGCAUGACUCAGUGGACUCGGGGGUGGCCAAGGGGGGGCACGGCGGACUGGCAGGGGGCUCUUGUUGGAAGGAAACACCCGCCUGGCACGGAGCUCCCCGAGGAGCCCAGGACGGCCACCACCAGGGACGUCAUCCCAAACGAGGAGGGGGCGACAGGGACAGGCAGGGGGGGCACAGGCAGCGCAACGGCAACUUCCAUCCCCGCAAGGGGACUCCGUACCAGGACAAGUUUCCCAACGAGGAACGCAAAGACAGCAAGGACGACAAGCUGAAUUUCGUAGAAGAGGACUUUCCCUCCCUCAACCCUGAAACAACUGGAAAGCCUGGCAGCCAGAUGCGAGCAGUUGCUCCCCAUGCUGGGGUGUGGGAAAACCCUCCUGUUGGCAAACAGAUGGUGUCCAAAAUGCUGGUCAUCAAGAAGGUUUCCAAGGAAGACGCUGGAACAGCUUUCUCUGCAGGGUUCGCCACUGCCGGCGCCUUGCCCACCAAUGGCAGCAAAGCUCCGCUCACAGGUUCCAGCGUCUACAAGAACCUGGUCCCCAAGCCUGCUGUGGCCCACACCAAGAGCACCCAGUGGAAAUCCGGUGGUAGAGAGAUCACAAAGUCUGGCCUUCACAUGCCCGGCCGGGAUUCAGUCUUCACCAGCCCAGUCUCUGCAGCCAAACCCAGCACCCCGGUCAGCGCUCCACAGCACAACACCCAGAAAGAGCAACCUUCCAGCACGACUCCUCCCAUAGACAUCGCCCCCUCCAGGCUGAAGCUGAUGCGCCGCGGUCCAGACCGAAAGAGCGAAUUCCUGCGAACUCUGAAGGACGAGGGCACCGGGGAGCUGACGACGAGCAGCAGCCCGGGAACAUCAGGAGAGGGUGACAGCAGCACCCCAGAGCCCAAAGCUUACAGUGAGGAGGUCUGCCAUGAGAACGGCCUGUCCUACUCCCUCAGUGAUUCAGAUACAGAACACCUGUCCAGCUCCCUGGAGGCAGAGCACAGGCUGCUGAAGGCGAUGGGCUGGCAGGAGUACCCAGAGAAUGAUGACAACUUCCUGCCUCUGACAGAAGAUGAGCUGAGAGAGUUUCAAACUAAAACAGAACAGCUGAAGAAGAACGGCAUGCAGAGGAACGGGGUUCUCCCGGGGACACGGCGCGUGACCCUCCACUUCACCCCCUGGAGGAGUGUGGCGGAGGCGCACGUGGAGGAGGGUUCAGAAUCGGAAACCAGUAGCAGCAGCCAGAGCUCCGACGACGACGACUGCAUCAGAUCCUAACACGGCUUUACGGAACAAAAACCUACAACAAAACAGCCAACACCACAUCCCAGCAAGCCACCCGCCCACACACCCCCCCCUUCUCCUGUCUCAUCUCUCCUUUAGAGCACCGUUUUGAAUUUCUCAAAUUCUUUUUGUUUUUUCGUCAUUCUUGCACAAGGGAAAAACCAAUCAUAUCCCAGUGAAGGGGGAGAUUCCUGCUCUGCCAGACGUCGUUUUCCCUGCGUUUCCUCCUUCACUGCAGUCCUUGACCUCUGACCCUUUCCUCACCCUCUUCCUUUUUUCUUCCUCGCUUUGUUGAACUGAAGUGUUCAUCAAGAAAAAGAAGGGCAAUGAAUGCACACUUGAUUCUGCUUUAAACAGACUAACUCAUUUCAUUGAUGAUGCUGAUGACACAUUAAUAUUGAUAUUAAUAAAAAUUGGUUCCUGACAAGCUGAUAUGUUUCACUAUGAA